UUUUGAGGUAUGAUUCAUACACUAUGAAAUGCAUACCUGGCUGGGCAUGGUGGCUCACGCCUAUAAUCCCAGCAUUUUGGGAGGCUGAGGCUGGCAGAUCACUUGAGGUCAAGAGUUUGAGACCAGCUUGGCCAACAUGGUGAAACCCCGUCUCUACUAAAAAUACAAAAAUCAGCCAGGUGUGGUGGCAGGCACCUGUAAUCCCAGCUACUUGGGAGGCUGAGGCAAGAGAAGCACUUGAACCUGGGAGUCAAGGGUUGCAGUGGCAGGGGUUGCAGUGAGCUGAGAUUGUGCCAUUGCACCACUCCAGCCUGGGUAACAGAGUGAGACCCUGUCUCAAAAGAAAAGAAAAGAAAUGCAUAGCUAUUAAGUGUACAGUUUGACAAGUUUUGACAAAUGUAUACCUACAUCCAAAUCAAGACACAGAACAUUGCCAUCACCACCGAAUGUUCCUGGAUACCCCUUUCUAGUCAACACCACCACAGGCCUCCACUGUCCUAUUUCUAUCACUGUAGAUUAGCUUAUCCUGCCUUGAACAUCAGAUAAAUGGAAUCGUAUUAUAUGUAUAAUCUUUUGUAUCUUUCUUCCGUCACUCAACAUAUCUGCCAGACUCAUUCACAUUGUGUCAGUAGUUUGUUCCUUCUUAUGAGUAGUACUGUCAUUUAUUCAGUUCUUAAAAUCCAGCCCUAUUACCACAGAUUUGUCCCUCAAAAUUCUUUUCAUUUAAUAUAUCUUCUGCAUGCUCCUUUCCAUGCAUAUAUCUCCUGCAUAUCUCCCUGGCAAUCCUUGUAGUGAGGAAAAUAUGUAAGUGGACUAUUUUAUCUCUAGCACUGUCCUUUUAGGUAUGGGUGGCUCUCUCUACCUUCAGGAAAAACAGAUAACCAGGCAGUCUUGCUUCAGAGUUUACAUAUCUGGGUUUUCAUUUCUUGUCUAGCACUUAACAGAUGGGUGGUUUGGGGCAGGUGAUUUAACCUCUCUGUGACUGUUUUCCCAUUUGUAAAUGUGGAUAAUAAUACCUUCUUAAUAGGGAUUUGUGAGGAGUAAAUUAUAUUGUACAUAAAAUGUUUGGCACAAUGAAAACUACUAAUAGCCUCGAGCUCGGCUAUAAUAAACAUCCUCUCCUGCUUCAUUCACAUACUUCCAGGUUUGUAAGUCAUAUGAUACAAAUGGGUAUAUAUUUUCAAAAGUUUUUAAAAGGAACAUUUCAUAUUUCGAUUUAGAAAAGUCUGUCAGAUAUUUACUUAAAAUAAGUAACUGUUAUUUCCUAGGGAAAAAGGUAAAGCCUUCUGCCGUUUAUUCAUUGGCAAUUAUAUAUCGAGUAUUGACUAUGAGAAGCUCUUCAAAAGAGUUAAAAACAUAGCCCCAGCUUUUAGGAUGUUUGGUUUGGGGGAGGGUAAUAAGAUAAGCACAACAAAUUAUAAUACAAAGUAUAGUAAAUGAUAAUAAUAAGAAUUAACAUCUAUGAAUGCAGUGGUUAAGAGCAUGGUCUCUGGAGUAAUACUAUAUGGGUUCACAUCCCAGCUGUAUGAUGUUGGGCAAGUUACUUAACCUCCUUGUGUGUAACCUCACCUGGAAAAUGAGGCUAAUAAUACCACUUACCUAGCAGGGCUACAGUAUCAGAAAAAAGUGGUCCAGGGUGUUUGAGCAUCCUGUGCAAGGUCACAGAAUGGGUGAGUACUGACCUGGUUCAGUGCUUUGUCCCAGGACACCUCCUCUGCAUCUCCACAGAGUGCUAGGCAUUCCAGGACAGUUCAUCUUGCGAUUCUAAUACUGUAUAUUGCAUAUAAAAAUAUGCAAUAAUUAACAGCUAACAUUUAUUGAAUAUCAAUAUGUACCAAGUACUGUGUUAAAUGCUUAUGUGCAUUACUUCACAUAAUCUCCACAAUGCUGUUACUACUGUUAUACUCAUUUUACUGAUAAGGUAACGGAAGGGCAGAAGUUUAGGUAACUUGCCCAAGAUUACAUAGCUAAUAAGUAGCAAACUGUGUCACAGAAAAGAUACAAUCAUCUAUAAAAUGGGGAUGAUGGUAUUAGUACCUACAUUAGUGAGAAUCCGAUGAAUUAAUAUUUGAAAAGUGCUUAGAACAGAGCCUGGCACCUAAUGAGUCCUAUAUACAUGGAUGUUAACAAAUUGCUAAGGUGAUUCAGAGAUGACAGUAAAUAACUUCUAUGCAUGGUGACUAAGGAAGGCUUGGGAAGGUGAUGUUUAAACUGGGCCCUGAAUAGUGGACAGGAUUUGGAGAAAUGGAGGUGAUGGAGAGGGCAUUUCUGACAGGGAAGGAAGGGAGGGAGGCGGGAAGGAAGGAAGGAAGGAAGGAAGGAAGGAAGGAAGGAAGGAAGGAAGGAAGGAAGGGAGGGAGAGAGAGAGGGAGGAAGAGAGGCAGGAAGGGAAGGAGGGAAGGGAGGGAGGAAGAAGAGGAGGGAGGAAGGAAGAAGAGGAGGAAGGAAGGAAGGAGGGAAGGAAAGAAGGAAGGAAGGAGCAAGAAGCAGAAGAAAGCUCAGAGUGUGUAAAAAGAGAAAAAAGAAAUACGUGGGAGUAGUCAAAUUUGACUUGGGCAAAAAAAAAAAAAACCUUCCCCUUUCUUUCAACCAGUCCCUAUUCCUGCUGUACUUCCUCAGUAUUUUCCUCUUAUCCCCAUGGAAUCUGCUGUCCUUACUCCCUCAUCAUAAUGAUCCAUUGAAUAUUUAUUGAGUUCCUCUCUGUGUCAGGCACUGCUCUAGCCACCGAGGAUACACCCCACUAAAUAGGCCAGGUCCCAGUUCCUAGUUUGCACUAUAAUAAUCCUCCAAACUGGAUUCUAGCUUUUAGCCGGCCGAACUCCAAUUUGUCUUCCACAAUACCGCCAGAACAUAAAGACAUAGAUCUGGUCUGGACACUCACUUGCUUAAAUCCCGCUGCAGUAUUUUCUUUACGUCCAGAAUAAAUUUCAAUCUCCCUAGCAUCCUUUACCAAUUGGCUCGCACAGUCUUACCUCGCAGGCUUCACCGUGCUCUCUGCACUAGAGCCACGGCAAAGCGCUGAAAAUCCGAGAUACACACACUUACAAACAGGCACUUGCAGAAAGAACGUGGGUGGCACUCCAUCCCUAUUUCAUCCCUUGUACACUGAAACAUUCCCCAGUCUGCAUGCCUUGGAUGGGAGAGUCCUGGUUACAUUCCCCCGCCCCCGACUUUUCAAGCCUAAAAUCCGGCACAGGGUGCACCCCCCGUCCCCACCCUCCAGGGCACUUCCACUUAUAGCAGCCCGGGCACACCCCCAACCCAGAAGGGACCGGAAAAGGAGGGGCUUCGUGCGGCACUAGGGUCGCCAUCCUGGCUGAGGUGGCCGGAAGUGGCCCCUCGCGCGGGCGCGGACUGAGGCUGCGCGCCGCAAGUCCCGGCUGCUGGCGGCGUUGCGGCCGCAGGUUUGACUCCCGUGCGGUGCCGCCCAGCAGCCACAAAGCUCCCGCUGCCGUUGCUCCUUGUACUCCCACCGCCACAGCCGCUGUCCGACCCCUCCCCCGGGGCUUGCGCGGCGGCUCCCACACCCCUCGGCCCGGGUACGCGCUGUGCACCUGCCUGCCCGAAAACAUGUUGCAGACACCAGAGAGCAGGGGGCUCCCGGUCCCGCAGGCCGAGGGGGAGAAGGAUGGCGGCCAUGAUGGUGAGACCCGCGCCCCGACCGCCUCGCAGGAGCGCCCCAAGGAGGAGCUUGGCGCCGGGAGGGAAGAGGGGGCUGCGGAGCCCGCCCUCACCCGGAAAGGCGCGAGGGCCUUGGCGGCCAAAGCCUUGGCAAGGCGCAGGGCUUACCGCCGUCUGAAUCGGACGGUGGCGGAGUUGGUGCAGUUCCUCCUGGUGAAAGACAAGAAGAAGAGUCCCAUCACACGCUCGGAGAUGGUGAAAUACGUUAUUGGAGACUUGAAGGCUCUGUUCCCCGACAUCAUCGCAAGGGCCGCAGAGCAUCUGCGGUAUGUCUUUGGCUUUGAGCUGAAACAGUUUGACCGCAAGCACCACACUUACAUACUGAUCAACAAACUGAAACCUCUGGAGGAGGAGGAGGAGGAUCUGGGAGGAGAUGGCCCCAGAUUGGGUCUGUUAAUGAUGAUCCUGGGCCUUAUCUAUAUGAGAGGUAAUAGCGCCAGGGAGGCCCACGUCUGGGAGAUGCUGCGUCGGUUGGGGGUGCAACCCUCAAAGUAUCAUUUCCUCUUUGGGUAUCCGAAGAGGCUUAUUAUGGAAGAUUUUGUGCAGCAGCGAUAUCUCAGUUACAGGCGGGUGCCUCACACCAAUCCACCGGAAUAUGAAUUCUCUUGGGGUCCCCGAAGCAACCUGGAAAUCAGCAAGAUGAAAGUCCUGGGGUUCGUGGCCAAGCUGCAUAAGAAGGAACCCCAGCACUGGUCAGUGCAGUACCGUGAGGCCCUAGCAGACGACGCCGACAGGGCCAGAGCCAAGGCCAGAGCUGAAGCCAGUAUGAGGGCCAGGGCCAGUGCUAGGGCCGGCAUCCACCUCUGGUGAGGGUUGGUGAAAAGUUGGCCAGUGGGUGCCCGUGAGGACGAGCUACUGUCCUGAGUCAUAAGUAAUAUAGGUGGGGCGAGGGUCUUAUUUCUGUAGAAAUCGUGUGACCUUAAGGAUUUAGAUUUUGUAUGUUUUGUUACAUUUAAAAAUUACUGUUAAAAUGCUGUUUGUAAAUGAGAUUGGUCUACUUUUUCCUGUAGGAUUUUGUUGUAGAGUUUUACUGGUUUUGUAAAAUGGAUUGAAGAACUUUGUAUUUAUACUGUGAUUUUGAACAGAUUAUGCAACAUUGGAAGGAAGGCUGUACUUUGAUGGUUUGAAGGAACUCGACAGUAUGAUGAUCUGGUUCCAGGGGAAAAAAAUAGCUGAUUGGUGUCUAGCCCCCCAACACUUUUGUCUGUUGUGUAUAAAAGAAGAAAGACUGGCAUGUACCUCCAUUUGCUUAGCUGUUUGAGUAUCUAGAGAAAAAUUAAAAUGCAAUGAGUUAGCAGUAUACCCUGGUACACUUAAUAAAUUAAACAUUUGUGGAGCA